AUGAAGAAGAAGGCUGUAAGAUUUGCCAUUGAUGUCCCAUUAAUGGAGAUAGAGGUGUCACCGGAGAAGAAACAUCCCCUGUCGUCGAUUGUACAUAUCUCUGGAAACAAAAUUACUCUUGUUGUGAAAUGUACCAGCCAAGAUCUUGGAAUGAGCCAUGUCAUGGAAAAAGAACUUAUGACAAUUAAAAGAUAUAAUCUUAAGUGUUUUAGGAGUAAUCUAACCUAUUCCCUAAGCAUUUCCCAUCAGUCUCAAGCCGCCACCUCACCUUAUUCCCCACCCCCUCCUCAUCCCAGCAACUGCCUCUGUGAGGCCAUAGUAGGAUCGUCGGUGACUCCAUGCGACUCCGAUGACGAGACUGAGGUCGGUGUCGAGGUUACCGUUGUGUUUCCCUCUUCCGAGACCAUCCUUCGCUGUGUCGUCGAGUUUCCUGCCAUCACUACUGUUACAUUGUCACUGUCAUCGCCAGAGGACUUGUUUCCAUUGCUCCGGUCAGUGAUUUUCCAUCUCGAAGGACUACUGUGUUGUGUCGAUGCCCCAGCCGCCGUAAGAACCGUCGUAGCGCUAUUGCUUUUCCCUUCCGAGUCGUUGUUGCCUUCCCGAUUGCCAUCUUAUCCCGUUGUUGCGCCGCCACUUCCGUCGGUCAUUAGCGACGUUGCUGUCGUUCAAUGA